ACAUAAUUUUCAAGUCAUCAUAUAUUGUGGGAAUUUUUAAGUUUAAAAAUCUAUGUAUCCAUUAAUUAAUAUAAUUUACGUAAGAAGCUGAAUGUUCGUAUGGAAUCUUCAGCCUUUUUAUUGUAUGGGUUAAGCCUGAAGAAUUGUUUGUAAUAAAAAUCAUCAAGUCGUAAGAUGACACAUCACAAAGAAAUACUUCCUCCGUUUUUUAGUAAUUGCAUCAAUUAGAGUUUCACAUAUGCCAAGCAUAACUAAUUAAUUAUACUUUUAAUAUCUUCAUUUAUGGAGUAUAUUUUUCUUUAAAGUAAAAUUUGAUAUAUGGAAAGUAUAUGUCGAGAUAAAUCUAACAAUGUCUCACAUGGCUAUAUAUUUGUUUUCAUAUAUAAAUCACAAAAUACUUGUAAAAAAAAAUGUGUGAAUAAAGAAAAAUGCAAAUGAUCCAAUUACUAAAAAAGCGGAGGAGUUCUCAUGAGAACCCCUCUUAUAAUGAGAACCCCUCUUUUAAUGAGAACUCUCGUCCUCAACCCUUGGAUUUUGGUCGACGGCCAAGAUUAACGCUUAUUAAAACUCAUUAACUUAAAAAAAAAAAAAAAAAAAAAAAAAAAAAAAAAAAAAAAAAAAAAAACCUAAAAUCUAAAAUCAGAAUCUCUCUCAUACUCUCUCUCCUCUCGGUUCAUGACCCUCCUUCUUCCCUUGAAAUCCUUCCCAGAUCCCACCCCCCUUCAAAUUGUAAACAUUCAAAUGCUGCAAAUUGUAAAUAUUCAAGUACCAAAGAGCGUUCGGCGUCAACAACGGAAACAUCACUUCAAGCCGAUUUUUUUUUUUCGCGAGACUCCUUUGAUCCACGAAUCGAUGAUAACAAGAAAUCGGUGUUGAGGUGGUGACACGUGUCACCUUUCUCCAUUUUGCCCCUCCCUAUAUAUAGAGGGGGGUAAAAUUCAUUUAUUACAUUUCAUUUUCACAGAGCUAUACACAGGCGAUUUCCGGCGAACUCCCACCACCAGCAGGCGAUUUCCGGCCACCGCGAGACUCAACUUGUUCUUCACCAAACUCAACCUGUUCUUCACCAAACUCAACUUGUUCUUCACCAAGUACUUCACAGAUCUUUCAAGAGGAAGGGAUGAGCAAGUUAUCGGCGGCGGAUAUUGGGAAGGGCGACAUGGCCGACAUCUAUGAGGCCAAGAUGCAGAAAGCCAAGGCCGAGUUGGAGGAGAAGCAAGCUAAGGACGCGGCUAAGGCGUCAGGGAAGAAAAAGGGGACGACUCUGUCCCAAUUGAAGAAACGAGCCGUGCCAGCUGGCUCGGAGACUCCGAGUACCUUCAAAAAGCCCAAACCUAUACCCCGCCGUCUUGUGAAGAAGGACGAGUCAAAGGUUGCUGAGGGGGGUCGCCCCGAUGACGAUGAGAUUGGCGUGGACAAGCCGUCUCUGGUUGUGGACUUGGUGUCCAAAUCAAAGUCUGGUGGCCAUCCUGACGAGUUGGAGGACCCUCUUUCUGGAAUUCCGGCCGACGUCCGUUCCCAGAUACCUGCGGAGGUGGCCCGCCGAGCUAGGUCAUCGGGCGGUAAGUAUUAUUCGAACGUCGUUCAAACGUAUCGAGCCUCAUCUGGCAGUUCUUCUUACUCUCCGCGUCAUCCUAAGGCCGUUGUUUUUCCUAUAGCUAAAGACAAAGGGAAGGAUGCAGCUGCUGCAGAGGACGAGAACGUACCCGCUACUCCUCGCUAUUCGUCAAAGGAUAGGGUGGCUAUAUGCCGUAAGGUAUUUAAGGCCGUCCCCGCAGAGUAUGUUGCUUCUCUUCCUGGCCGCAAGACUGACGCCCAGUUUGGUGCAAUCCAGGCCACUCUACUCGACUUGUUCUGCCGCAUGGAAUUCUGCAAGGGUUGGAAGACCCGCACUGCUGAGGGGCUCAAAGCUCAGGUGGCUGAGUCCACCCACCAUGGUGACUAUGCGUUCAAAUUCAUUGAAGAGGUCCGCCUGCAGAUGCAGACGACCAUAGACCUUCAAGCAAAGGAGGUAGCUUCAUUGAGGUCUGACAAGGCCGAGCUGCUUAAGAAGAUCUUGGCGCAGGACAAAGACAUGGUGGCGAUGGUCGAGGAGGCCAAGACAGCGGCGGCGGAAAUACGGACGCUUCAGGAUCAGUUGCGGGAGUACCCUCAAGUCAAACAGGCGGCUGAGGAAGCCGAUCAUCUUCGGGGGGAACUGGAGACGGCCAGGUCGCAAGUUCGCACCUUGCGCGAGCGUCUUCUGGAGUCCUAUGAUCAGGGGGAGCAAGCGGUCAAGGACGCUGUUAAGCAUGCCUGGGAAAACCACAUGCCAGAGUAUGAUCUUACGUGGUUCCAGCGGCGAUUGGAACACAGUGCCGCUGUGUUGGCUGCUGAGCGUCUCGGUCAGCCGCCCCCAGAGUUUGUACCUUCUGAUGAUGAAGACGAUGCGGCUGCUCCCUGACUUGCUUCCCUCCCAGUUUUUCAGAAUUUUAUUCAAGUGUUCUCAUGCCUAAGGGAAAAAGCAAUCAUUUUUUCAAGUUUUGGCACCGCUGGCGUCUGUAUAAUUGUGCCUGCUGAGCACACAACAAUUUCUUUUUUGUUUUUGAAUUCUGGGCUACUUUUGCACGCCUUUCUACGGGCGUUGUUUUAUAAGUAAAUAGGUUAUUUUUGUUGCUUCUUUUAUCUCGCAUUUAUUUGUUCUUCGUAAUUUGAUUAUCCCUUAAUCAAUAGGUAUGAUAGCCAAGGUGCAACUGAGUAUACACUAAGCACGUUGGUGCCGCAGGCAACUGAGCAUGCGCUAGGUACUACUGUGGUCGUCGUUUUCUUUGGCGAGCGUGUCUAUAACGAUAUUGAUUGACGCAAGUCAAUCAAUAGGUAUGAUUGCCGCUAGACAUGCUCGUCAAAUGGAAUGGACGGCCAAUCAUUCUGCACAACCAACCUUUUUCCAAGGACGUUCGUGCCGCAGGCAACUGAGCAUGCGCUAGGCACUACUGUGGUCGUCGCUUUCUUUGGCGAGCGUGUCUAUAACGAUAUUGAUUGACGCAAGUCAAUCAAUAGGUAUGAUUGCCGCUAGACAUGCUCGUCAAAUGGAAUGGACGGCCAAACGUUCGUGCCGCUGAGCUUUUGAGCAAACAACCUAUGUUUCAAAUCUAUUCGUGCCGCUGAGCUUUUGAGCAAACAACCUAUGUUUCAAAGUUAUUCGUGCCGCUGAGCUUUUGAGCAAACAACCUAUGUUUCAAAGUUAUUUGUGCCACUGAGCUUUUAAGCAAACAACCUAUGUUUCAAAGUUGUUCGUGCCGCUGAGCUUUUGAACAAACAACCUAAAUUUCAAAGUUGUUCGUGCCGCUGAGCUUUUGAACAACCUAUGAUUUUAAGGUUAUUUGUGCCGUUGGCACUUACCAUGUCGUACUGGUUGGCCAGCGGAUUGCUAUACUGGGAAGGAAGUUGGAUAGGUGAUCAGCCUACAACUUGGUGCUAAUCUGGGCCACUUCUUAGGCUUCAAACAAUUAGUCUUGCUGAGAGUUUUUGCUAAUCUGGGCCACUUCUCAGGCCGUCAUACAAUUAGGCUUUGGUUAUGCCUUUGAGUGUACAUUUUUAUAUUCAUUGUGCGAGCAAUAAAUAUUACGAGACAAAUAGAGUAGUAUUAUUUACAACUUUGCAAGGCGAAUUUAGCCGGUUACAAAAGUAAUUACUACCCUACUAUGACCAUUAGAGGCCGCCCCUUGGGCAAUGGAUCGUGGUAAGUAAGACAAAGCUUAACACAUAUCUAGAAGAAAUACUUCUUGAGAUUGUCGGCAUUCCAAGUGCGCAAAAUAGGCCGGCCCUGCAUGUCUUGAAUGCGGUAGGUUCCAUCUCUAACCUCAUCAUAGAUCUCACAAGGUUCCUCCCAGGUGGGCGUCAGCUUACCCUGUUCGUUUGCUCGUCCUGUGGAUUCCAUUUUCCUGAGGACAAAAUCUCCCACUUUGAGCACUAUUAGAGACUUUCUUGUUGUAUUCUCUUGCCAUUCUUAUCUUGUACAGCUGUUGUCUGAGCGCUGCAUUUCCUCUAACCUCGGGCAGAAAGUCCAGGGCUGCUUUCAUUGUCUCCCAGUUAGCAUUUUCGUCAUACAGCAUGACUCUCAACGUUGGUUCACACAUUUCUAUGGGUAGGACAGCCUCGGCGCCAUAGGCUAGCAAGAAGGGUGUUUCACCGGUUGAAUUCUUAGCCGUGGUGCGGAUGGACCAUAAGACAUUUGGCAGCUCAUCAGCCCAUAGACCUUUGGCUUCGUCGAGCUUCUUUUUCAUUCCUUCGGAGAUAAUUUUGUUGAACGCCUCAACCUGGCCAUUGGUUUGGGGACGUCCGACUGAUGCAAAGCAAGUGUGUAUGCCGUGGCCUGCCAGCCACUCUUUCAGCUUAGGCGUCUCAAACUGGGGCCCAUUAUCGAAGACGAUAGCUUGUGGAAUCCCAAAGCGAGUCAUGAUGUUCUUCCAAAUGAAUGCUCUCACAUCAGUAGUUUUUAUGUUUUUGAGCGCUUCUGCCUCCACCCAUUUGGUGAAGUAAUCUACAGCAACGAUGACAUAACGCCUUCCUCCUGGUGCGGCCGUAAAUGGGCCUAGAAGAUCCAUCCCCCACUUAGCAAAUGGAAUUGGGCUCGUGAUGGGCGUCAGAACUCGUGUCGGUCGGUGUAUUAGGUGAGAAAAACGCUGGCAUUUGUCACACUUCUUGACCAGUGAGAUUGCGUCCUCUUUAAGAGUCGGCCAGUAAUAGCCGGUUCGAAGUUCCUUUUCAGCCAAAGCCCUUCCACCAAUAUGCGAGCUGCACAACCCCUGAUGAAGGUCUUCUAGAAUUUCCUGCCCCUUCUCAGGCGUUACACAUCUUAACAAAGGACGGGAGUAGGCCUUUUUGUAGAGGGUGCCGUUCCACAUUUCAAACCAAGAGCAUUUCUUCUGAAGUUUUGCCGCUUCCCUUGAGUCUUCUGGCAAGACUCCAUUCAUUUUGAAGUUUACUAUGUCAUCCAUCCAUGUGGACGUCCUAUCAAGAGUUUCCACCUCCAUUUGCUCAACACUUUUGUGCUCUUUUACCUCCCAAAACACGUGCCGAGGGGUAUCACAAGACGCGGAACUUGCCAAUUUUGACAGGGCAUCAGCUUGGUUAUUUUCCGAACGAGGGACUUGCCUUACUUCAAAACUCUUCAGUGGUUCUACUUCCUGAUGGACGGCCUGCAUGUACUUGACCAUAGUCGGAUCCCUAGCUUCGUAGGUUCCAUUAACUUGGCUCACAAUCAGUUGGGAGUCAGAUAGUGCUACAAUCUCCUCGGCGCCUGCCGCCUUACACAUUUUAAUGCCACAAAGCAGGGCUUCAUAUUCGGCUUCAUUAUUUGACGCCUGGAAGUUAAAUCGCAUAGCAUACUCAAAAGUAUCUCCUUCUGGGGAGUGACAGAUUAUCCUAGCUCCACAUCCAUUCUGUGUGGAUGAGCCAUCUACAUACACUGUCCACACCGUGUUUGUAUUCUUGGCAAAGUCUGGCCUCGUCAUUUCAACAAUAAAGUCGGCACAUGCCUGCCCCUUGACAGCUUUCCUCGGCUCAUAGGUGAUAUCAAAGGCGUUCAGCUCUAUUGCCCAAUUUAGCAUUCGUCCUGACGCCUCCAGCUUCGUAAAGGACAGUUUGAGCGGUUGAUCUGUGUAGACCACUAUUUUGUGAGCUAAGAAGUAAGGACGGAGCUUUUUGCUGGCCAUGAACAGGGCUAAGCCAAAUUUUUCCACUGUGGGGUAUCUAACUUCAGCAUUUUGAAGAACAUGACUGACAAAGUAUACUGGUAUCUGUAUUCCCUCCCUCUCUGUCAGUAGAACGGCACUCAACGAGUGCUCGGACACGGCAAGAUACAUGUACAAAGUCUCUCCUAGCAAGGGGCUAACAAGACGAGGCAAGGUAUGCAGGUGUUCCUUUAAUCUGACCAAUGCCGCCUCGGCUUCGUCCGACCAUUCAAACUUGGCCUUCUUUCUGACUGCCCUAAAAAAGUAGUGGCACUUGUCUCCAGCCCUGGAAAGGAAUCUGCCCAGGGCGGCCAAGCAACCUGUGAGCCGCUGGACCUCUUUUACUGUCUUUGGUGAGCUCAUAUCAAUUACUGCCUGGAUUUUGUCUGGGUUGGCUUCAAUUCCCCUUUCAUCAAUCAAGAAACCUAAGAAUUUGCCUGCCGUCACCCCAAACACACACUUCUUAGGGUUCAAUCUCAUAUUGUAAGCUCGAAUAGUCUCAAAUGUCUCCCUAAGAUCAGUUAUAUGUGCCGCCCGCAGCUUACUUUUCACGAUCAUAUCAUCAAUAUAAGCUUCAAUAUUUCUGCCGAGCUGCUUUAUGAACACAGUGUUAAUAAGACGCUGAAAGGUGGCCGGCGCAUUCUUUAAUCCAAACGGCAUCACUUUGUAGCAGUAAAGGCCUUGUUCAGUAACAAGUGACGUUUUUUCCUGGUCGUCAGGCCACAACGGGAUCUGAUGAAACCCUGAGUAUGCAUCCAUAAAGCUCAUCAUAGCAUGCCCUGCUGUAGAGUCGACAAGCCGGUCAAUCUUAGGUAAUGGGAAACUGUCCUUGGGACAUGCCUUAUUGAGGUUGGUGUAGUCAACACACAUUCUCCAGGUGCCAUUGGGUUUCUUGACGAGGACCACAUUAGCAACCCAGUCGGGGUACUGACUAGGCCUGACGAACCCUGCCUCCAUCAACUUUUGUAUUUCCGCUGCUGCCGCCUGGUUUCUAUCCUCCCCAUGGUUCCUUUUCUUUUGACGAACCGGCUUAAAGUUUGGGUCCACAUUCAGCUUAUGGACGGCCACAGCAGGAUCAAUACCCGGCAUUUCGUCCACUGUGAAUGCAAAGAUAUCUUCAAACUCUCUCAGUAGGUGGACCAACUCUGCCGCCAGCGGGUCGUCAGGAGGAAUCCCGAUGGGCACUAUUCUGUCAGGUUUGUCUGUGUUUAAUACCACAUCGAAAUGAGCCCCAACAGGCUCUGGGCGUCUCUCUUCCAUGUGCCCUGCUGUGAUAGUUAAUGUUUCUUUGACGAUUUUGGGUUGUGUGUCGCCACAUUUUCGUUUGUUUCCCGAUGUCUCUUUCUCUUCACCCGUCCCCCAUGCUUCUGGACUCAAGGUGGUUAGAUAGCAAUCUCUAGCUUGUUGCUGAUCACCAUGUAUAGUGCUGACACUCCCAUCGUCACAGAUAAACUUAAGGAGCAUCAGAUGAGUCACAAUGACAGCCUUUGCCUUAUUCAAGGUAGGACGCCCCAGGAUGAUGUUAUACGCCGUCAAGUCUUUCACUAUGAGGAAACGGACGUCCAUUUGUCGAGAUUCCUUUUUAUUUCCCAUCCUUAGAGGAAGCGCAAUAAUGCCGACUGGAUGGAUGAUACUACCUCCGAAGCCUAUAAUGGGAUAGUGGAUUUUCUCAAUCUUUGAGGAAUCAUGUUGCAGCCGGUUCAAGCACUCUAGACUAAUUAUGUCCGACGAACUUCCUGUAUCGACCAAAAUACGCCUAACCCUCAGAUUAGCAACCUUUAACUCAAUUACCAAAGGAUCGUCAUGCGGGGUGGAGAUUUUCCCACGGUCGGCCUCGCCGAUUUCAACUUUUGGAAACGGGUCAGCUGUGGCCUUGCCGGACAACAUCACUUGCCCCAAUCGCUUGGCAUAAUCCUUCUGGCCCCUCAUGGUCGGCCCGCCGGCGGCCAAUCCUCCGGAGAUGACUGCUACGCACUCUGGGUCAGUACGAUUCCCAACUUCCUCUGAUGGAGGGGAUUUGUUCUUCUUGUAGAAGGGUUUGCCAGAACCUCCCGUGUUCCUGCUGAUAUAACUCUUUAAGAAUCCCUUGGCGGCUAGGCCGUCCAAUGCCUUUUUCAAGCUCUUACAUUCUUUGGUGUCAUGCCCAAUAAUACUGUGAAAGUGACAGUACAGUUUGGGGUCCCUACUUUCUGGUGGCAACUUCAUGGGAAAUGGACGAUCAAUGUCAUAUUUGGACCCAACGUCCAUCAGAAUUGUGUACAUGUCUGUGUUAUACUCAAAUCGCUCCCGAUCAUAAGUUCUGGACCGUUUCUGGCCUGCCGCCCCGGGAGCCCUGUCUGACUCUUUUGCAAUAGCCCACGUCCCGUUAGGCCGGCUCUUCUUUUCGAAUUUCUCCUUUUUUGCCGCCGGCUCGGCGGUAUCACUUCCUCUGGGAUCUUUCGGGACGCUGCAAAUCUCUGUUGCAUGGAUGAAGGCCUCGGCCUCAUCAAGCACUUCUGGCAUUGUUCGGACGCUUUUCUUUACCAGAUCAAACUUGAAAGAGCCCUUUUUAAGCCCUCGAAUGAAGUUAUCGAAUGCAACACCAUCUGGCAAAUCCGGAAUUUGCCCUGCCUCUAGAUUGAAUCUCUUCACAUAGCUGCUCAGAGACUCGUCUUUACCUUGCUGAAUCCUACUCAGAUGCAUGCUCGUCUUCUUUUCUUCCUUGUGAGCCAUGAACCGAGUAGAGAACAAUAACUCGAGCUCCGAAAAAGAGCGAAUAGUUCCGGCUGGAAGUCUCUCGAACCACUUAGACGCUACUCCUUUGAGUGUGCCCGGAAAAUACUUACACCAGGUUGAGUCAGUUGUUCCUUGGACAUACAUGUGAUGCCGGUAAACCAAGAGGUGCAUGUCUGGAUCUGUGGUCCCAUCGUAAGCAUCAAUGUUGGGCGGCUUGACUUUGGGUUCCCUCGGGGCUCUCAUGAUGGAGGCUGCAAAAGGGGUGGUGUGUCCUAGGGCCAUGUUGGACACCCCCUCCUGAAUGUGAUACACAGGAUCUUGACGCCUUGAGUAGGGUACCCGCUGGGAAGACUCGCGUCCGCGAGUUUGACGGGUUGGACGGGUGACCCCUGGGCGCGCCUGGCUCAGGUGCGUAUAAGUUGGAUGAGGGAGAGGUCUAUCCGGCAUGACGGGGGUUGACCCAGUGUCAGAAAGUUCAGACUCAGAGUCAGGCAAUUGCUCUGCGCAUGGCUGCUCACGUCCUCGGGACGUUUCUCCGAUCAGCCGCUGUGGCAGUCGGCGUGGUAGGCAAGACAUUGCCUGAUUGGGCUGACUCGCUGGCGGCUGCCUCCUCAGGUCCUCGCCUGUCUGCCUGGUCCAGACGUUUGGGGGGCGCAAAGAAAGUGUUGGCCUAUUGCUUGCCGGCCCCUCAUGAUUUGCAGCCGCAGCAGUGGUGUAAAUCAGCAUACUCUUCUGUACCUCAGCAUUAACUGUCUUUCCCAUAUCAGCUUGGAACUCAGCCAAAAUAGCCCGAAGAGCACCCACAGAGACAGGCAUAUCAGGGUUCUCCUCUAUUACGGUAUCCGCCCGAGGAUCCAGGUGUCCUCCAAGAGGGGUGCGAUUGGCCUGGUCGUCCUCCUCGCUGAGCACCUCUACCUCGGCAGCGUGACGCGGGGUGUGCCCGGCCGCAAAUAUUCGCGCGGCAUCUCCAGUGAUUCUCGUGGCCGGCGUAUGAUGUUCAGUCGGCAUUUCUCUUUCGAGGGGUGGCCGCUCUACUCGCGUAGGCCGCCCAGUAUCGUUGUCCUGUCUUUGAUCUUCCAUGUUACUGUACCUCCCCACAGACGGCGCCAAAUGUUGUGGGGUUUUUUCGGUGAGAUACCUUGGAGGUUUUCCGGUAACUUCUAAGGAUUUCACAAGAUUGUAUUUUUAUAGAGAGAGAAAGUAGAGAGAAGGCAGAGCAGCAAUUGCUCUUGAUUGUAUUGAUUGUGACCCCUUUUUCUAGGGUAGUGGGACUAUUUAUAGUACUAGGUUUUUGUGGGAAUGACCUAAUAUUCCCUUUACAUGAUUGGCUAGGGUAUGGGAGGAGGACAUGUGUCCUUUCUCCUUACAAUUCUCUGGCCCCUUUUGGCAAUAGUGGGCUUUUUGGGCCUAUUGUGCUUAUUCAUACUACUUGGGAUAUCUACUACUUAGGCCCCUUUUCAGGUAUAGGUACAUUACAUACAUUUAUACACUCCUAAAUACAAAUACAUAUACAUUGUAGAUACGUAGAUUGAUACCCAUGCUGUGGAGUAGUCUUCGUAUGGUUUCUGCUUAGGGGGCGUAAUACGUGCCAUGUGUCGCAUCCUCAUUGGUACACGAAGGCAUGGUAAUUUUGCCCACAACAAUUGGUACUCUAUAUUUACGACUUUUAAGAGAUUAAUAUAUUCAUAUGUGCGUAUAAUGACCAUCAGAUUUUGUUUUAUCGAACGGUUAUAAAGUGGUUCUCACCGUAAGUUGGUUCUCACCUUAAGGUGGUUCUCACAGGAACCUCACCAUAUAUAU